GGGGGGGGGGGAAUGCCUCUCUAACAACUACUCUGUCUAUUGACCCUUCAACUAUAGAUUCCUCCUACCUUUUAUUAACAAAAAAUUGCCACUUUUCUUUUUUGUUCCUAUAACAUAUCCUUUAAAGUUUUGAUCUUUUGGGUUACUCUAUAUAGAUUUGUUUUACUCACAGAUUUAGAGAGGCAGUAGAAUAUGAGGAAUUUGCGAUUGGGUUUUCUUUUGCUUCUUUAUUUUGCUUUCCUUUUGGGAAUUGAAGCCCUCAAAUUUCAUAGAACCGAGCGUACCGAGAGAAUCUCAGGUAGUGCCGGUGAUGUCUUGGAAGAUGAUCCAGUUGGGAGGUUAAAAGUUUUUGUAUAUGAGCUUCCCAGCAAAUACAACAAGAAAAUUCUUCAGAAAGACCCACGAUGUCUUAGCCACAUGUUUGCUGCGGAGAUCUAUAUGCAUCGUUUCCUCUUAUCUAGCCCUGUCCGAACCCUUAAUCCCGGGGAAGCUGAUUGGUUCUACACCCCUGUUUAUACCACUUGUGACCUGACACCAAAUGGCCUUCCUUUACCCUUCAAGUCGCCACGAAUGAUGAGGAGUGCAAUACAACUUAUUGCUUCUAACUGGCCUUAUUGGAAUAGGACAGAGGGGGCUGAUCACUUCUUCAUUGUCCCACACGAUUUUGCUGCUUGUUUUCAUUAUCAAGAGGAAAAAGCUAUUGGGAGGGGAAUUCUUCCAUUGCUCCAACGUGCAACUCUAGUUCAAACUUUUGGACAAAGAAAUCAUGUGUGUUUGAAGGAUGGUUCAAUUACAAUUCCUCCCUAUGCCCCUCCGCAGAAAAUGCAGUCCCACUUCAUCCCUCCAGAUAUUCCACGAUCCAUCUUUGUUUACUUUCGUGGCUUGUUCUAUGACGUAGGAAAUGAUCCAGAAGGUGGUUACUAUGCAAGAGGUGCACGGGCAGCAGUAUGGGAGAACUUUAAGGACAAUCCUCUCUUUGAUAUUUCUACGGAACAUCCAACUACCUACUAUGAAGACAUGCAGCGAGCCAUCUUUUGCUUGUGUCCACUUGGGUGGGCCCCGUGGAGUCCAAGAUUGGUUGAAGCAGUUAUAUUCGGUUGCAUCCCUGUUAUUAUUGCAGAUGAUAUUGUCUUGCCAUUUGCUGAUGCAAUCCCCUGGGAAGAGAUUGGUGUUUUUGUAGACGAGAAGGACGUUCCAAAUUUGGAUACUAUACUCACUUCUAUUCCACCUGAGGAAAUAUUGAGGAAGCAGAGAUUGCUUGCCAACCCUUCAAUGAAGCAGGCUAUGUUAUUUCCACAACCUGCACAACCAGGUGAUGCUUUCCAUCAAAUAUUGAAUGGACUUGCUCGUAAACUGCCACACGAUAGGAGUGUUUACUUGAGUCCUGGGGAGAAGAUCUUAAACUGGACUGCUGGUCCAAUUGGUGACCUAAAACCUUGGUAAGAAGCUGGUACUGGAGAUUAUUGCAUUCCCUAAAUCUUGGCUUUCAACCUUAAAAGUCGCGUCACAGGUGUGGAAUUAGUGUGAAGUGUAUAUCUUAAGUAUGUAGUUUUUCGAUGAAGUGAAGAAUCUUUUAUUGAUAACAACAUCCACAGGAUGCAACUGGGGACGUUUGCACAUUCAUUUUUGUAGCUGUAGGAUUUGUUGUACAACUCUAUGUUGGUUCCCCAGUGUACUCGUGUGCCACUAACAUUGUGUUAGAAAAUUAAUGAACCAGAUUAAUUUGAUCACUAAUUGUGCUAA